AUGCCCGCCAUCGGUCCCGACUCGCACGUCCUCGUCACGGGCGCAUCCGGCUUCAUCGCCGUGUGGUGCUGCCACCAGCUCCUCGAGCGCGGCCACCGCGUCAGGGGCACCGUCCGCUCCCAGGAAAAGGGAGAGUACCUCGCCGCCCUCUUCCAACGCUUCGGCGACAAGUUCUCGUUUGUCAUUGCAGAGGACCUCGAAAAGCCCGGCGUGUUUGACGAGGCCGUCAAGGGCGUCGACGGCGUCCUCCACACCGCCUCCCCCUUCCACUUCAACAUCGACGGCGACCCGCUCGGAAAACUCAUCCAGCCCGCCGUCAACGGCACCCGCUCCGUGCUCCGCUCCAUCAAGGACCACGGCACCGACGUCAAGCGCGUCGUCGUCACCUCGUCGUUUGCCGCCAUCCUCGACUCGACCCGCCCCGUCCCGACGGCAUUCGAUGAAAAGGACUGGAACGAGUCGAGCCCCGCCAACGUCGACAAGCUCGGCAACAAGCAGGACGGCACCGACGCCUACCGCGCCUCCAAGACGCUCGCCGAGCGCGCCGCGUGGGACUUUGUCGAGGCCGAGAAGCCGCAGUGGGACCUGGCCACCAUCAACCCGCCCCUCGUCCUCGGGCCGCUGCUGCACCAGGUCAAGUCGCCAGAGUCGCUCAACACGUCGGCCGGCAUGGUGUGGAAGAUCUGGCACGGCGGCUUCACAAACGACGAACUUCCCGGUCCGCGCGGCGCCGUCGUCGACGUGCGCGACGUCGCCGCGGGUCACGUCCAGGCCCUCCUCCGCGCCGACGCCGCCGGACAGCGCUUCGCCACCACCAGCGGCGGCCUCACCUGGCAGGCCGUGUGCGACAUCACCCACGCCUCCAACUCGAUCCCGCAGCAGUACAAGGACAGCACGCCCGUCGGCAACCCGGGCCAAAAGGUCGUCCAGCACACCCUCGACGGUUCCAAGGCCGCCCGCGUGCUCGGCAUCGACUACUACACCCUCCACGAGACCAUCAACGACAUGGCCACCAGCUUCGCCGACUACGAGAAGCGCAACUUCCAGGGUCACCCCGGCGAGCACAUUGCCUCGCUCGGCAAGAAGGCUUAG